AUGAAGGUUGGAAAUUUGGUUAUAAUUUUUUUCCUCCCGGUUGUCCUCGCCUCUCCAGCCCUCAGACAUCGCUCCGGCUUCAGCGAUGGCCAGCCCUUCAACGAUGCAGACAAAGGACCACCACUCUCGGUCGACGAUGACGGCCGCUACAUAACCGAAAAGCUCGACACGGGCGAUAUCUGUACCUUCUUAUCUUCGACGAUGGUAAAUUCGAGAAGAACGACAUGGAUCGCACAUACCUUUAAGGACAUCCUCGCCAAGAACUUCAGCGUCGACGCCUCUGCCUUCGACAAGGUCCCUCAGUCCCGACAUUAUAUUGAGAAUACCUCCGAUACGGAGAAACUGGUCUGGAUCGAGAUCUACAAAAGUGAUCGGGCGGUGGAUAUCUCGUUGGCACAUUUCUUGGCGCUCACGCCGGCAUAUGUCGUCGCGACAACCCUCAAAGUCGACAAUGAGGUCUUCAAGCAGAUCAAGAGGGAGAAACAGUUGCUAGUGAGGUUCCGCGGGUGA